AGCCCCCGGGCAAACCCUAGCCCCCACUCACCCCCUCCCUCGCUCGUUCUCUCUCCCGCACGCAACAGAGCCGUCCGCCGCCACGACCGUCGCCGUUCUCGCGGUCACCAUCGUCCCCGGGCCUCGCGAAGAUGUCCGGAGGCGCGCCUCCGUCGUCUACGUCGACCACCGUGGUCGGUUCGAGCAAGACCGUCCCGGGCAGACCGGAUCGAGUCACUACAUCCCCGUCAAUCACCGCCGUCGGCCGCCUCGAUUCAUCGCCGUCCUGCACUUCUAAGCCUCCGAAGAGCCUCCAUGAGCUCCGUCGACCCCGUGGCGGCUGCCGAUGCCGCUAUGUUCGACUACUUCACCGACGACCCUCCUUGUCUAAGCAACCAGAUGGUGGAGCCCAGGAUCCAGAUGACCCCACCGAUGACUGCUACUACCCCGAGGGUGCCUACUACCACGUGGAGACCGCCGACAACCAGGAGUAGUUAGGAGGCUCCCAGGCAG